UGGUCUUCAUUUUAAGUUCAGAACUGAGGCUGUCAUUAAGGAAGUAUAAUAAAGACCCAGGAGUCAGGUGCCAUUUGCAAGGUAUGAGAAAGGAUCCUUGGAUCAGAAGACAGGAAUUCUCGUUUUAGCUGUUGUUUGCUGAGAAACCACAGACUUUUGGCUUUGCCAUCCAAGGUAGAAUGAGACCAAUAUCAUCUACUUGACCAGCUUGCCAUGUGGAUCGAAUAAGAACUCAAAAGAUAAGCACUCCGAAAGAGUGAAUGACAUGCACGGCGCGGGGUGUCCUUUCUGAAGGGAGGAGCCUUUCUCUUGGAGAGGAUCCUCGAUGAGCCUGGCCAAGGAUUAAGAGGACUAAGGAUUAAGUAGGAUGUCAACUGAGACAGAACUUCAAGCAGCUGUGAAAACCAGCGCCAAGAAAGACUCCAGGAAGAAAGGUCAGGAUCGCAGCGAAGCCACUUUGAUAAAGAGGUUUAAAGGUGAAGGGGUCCGGUACAAAGCCAAGCUGAUUGGGAUUGAUGAAGUUUCCGCAGCCCGGGGAGACAAGUUAUGUCAAGAUUCCAUGAUGAAGCUCAAGGGUGUUGUUGCUGGCGCUCGUUCCAAAGGAGAACACAAACAGAAAAUCUUUUUAACCAUCUCCUUUGGAGGCAUCAAAAUCUUUGAUGAGAAGACGGGGGCCCUUCAGCAUCACCAUGCUGUUCAUGAAAUUUCCUACAUUGCGAAGGACAUCACGGAUCACCGGGCUUUUGGAUACGUUUGUGGGAAGGAAGGGAAUCACAGAUUUGUGGCCAUCAAAACAGCCCAGGCAGCUGAACCUGUUAUUCUGGACUUGAGAGAUCUCUUUCAACUCAUUUAUGAACUGAAGCAAAGAGAAGAGUUGGAAAAAAAGGCACAAAAGGAUAAGCAGUGUGAGCAGGCUGUGUACCAGACAAUUUUGGAAGAGGAUGUUGAAGAUCCCGUGUACCAGUACAUUGUGUUUGAGGCUGGACAUGAGCCAAUCCGUGAUCCUGAUACAGAAGAAAACAUUUACCAGGUUCCCACCAGCCAAAAGAAGGAAGGUGUUUAUGAUGUGCCAAAAAGUCAGCCUGUAAGUAAUAGCCAGCCGCUGGAGGAUUUUGAAGAGCGUUUCGCUGCCGCCACGCCGAACAGAAGUCUGUCAGUGGACUUCGAUGAGCUUCUUGAGGCAACCAAGGCUGUGACCCAAUUAGAACUUUUUGGAGACAUGUCCACCCCUCCUGAUAUAACCUCUCCCCCUACUCCUGCAACCCCAGGUGAUGCCUUCCUCCCGUCGUCAUCGCAGACGCUUCCGGGGAGUGCAGAUGUGUUUGGCUCUGUGUCUUUUGGCACUGCUGCUGUACCCUCAGGUUAUGUCGCUAUGGGCGCCGUCCUCCCAUCCUUCUGGGGCCAGCAGCCCCUUGUUCAACAGCAGAUCGCCAUGGGUACUCAGCCGUCCGUUGCUCAGGUGAUGCCAGGAGCUCAACCCAUCGCGUGGGGCCAGCCGGGCCUCUUUCCUACCACCCAGCAACCCUGGCCAACCGUGGCCGGGCAGUUCCCGCCAGCCGCCUUCAUGCCCACACAAACUGUUAUGCCUUUACCAGCUGCCAUGUUCCAAGGUCCCCUCACCCCCCUUGCAACGGUCCCCGGCACGAAUGACUCUGCCAGGUCAAGUCCACAGAGCGACAAGCCCAGGCAGAAAAUGGGGAAGGAAAUGUUUAAGGAUUUCCAGAUGGUCCAGCCUCCACCCGUGCCCUCCCGGAAGCCUGACCAGCCCUCCCUGACCUGUACCUCAGAGGCCUUCUCCAGUUACUUCAACAAAGUCGGGGUGGCACAAGACACGGACGACUGUGAUGACUUUGACAUCUCCCAGUUGAAUUUGACCCCUGUGACUUCCACCACGCCGUCCACCAACUCACCUCCGACCCCAGCCCCUAGGCAGAGCUCUCCCUCGAAAUCAUCAGCGUCCCACGCCAGUGAUCCGACCACAGACGACAUCUUUGAAGAAGGCUUUGAAAGUCCCAGCAAGAGUGAAGAACAAGAGGCCCCUGAUGGAUCACAGGCGUCCUCCACCAGUGAUCCAUUUGGGGAGCCCAGUGGUGAUCCCAGUGGUGAUAAUAUAAGUCCACAAGACGGUAGCUAGAUAGCGCAGGUCUGGGAGCCAGAGCCUCUCUAUGCGCAGAUCAACAGACCUAAGAAAUAGCAUCAACGCGAGCGCGUGGUGGGUGCUUCGAGACUGGCAUGGGGAUCAGCGGCGCCACCGGCUCUCUUGUGCUCUCACCUCACCUCAUCCCACAGAGAAACUCACAGUCACCCCGUGAAAACUGUCUGAAGAGAGACCAGAGUGGUUUUGGGCAACCAACAGCAGAUACCUAUGGCAGCACAAAAAAAAAAAAAAAAGCAAAAUAAAACACAACACCCCCGCAAUGAUAUUUUCAAAAUAAAUUAAAAAAAAAAAAAACAGAACCCAACAUUGAUCACCAGUCAAGCUGAUGCUUAACCAAGAAAUACCUUGAGCUCUCUCAGCUGGGCCUAAAAUGCCCCGGAUAUGAAACCAUUAUUGUGCUUUUAUUUCGCUACCUGUUGACCACUGUAGAGACCACAGAUGUGGAGUGGCAGGCGUCAGAGAAUUGCAACGUGGUUGGCACUAACUCCUUUUAGGCCAAAGCAAGGGAUCCUCUGUGACCACAGUGUCGUCAUCCAUAUGCCUUCCGGCUGUGGCGAUGUGCGUGGCAUCUCUCCACAGGGCCUGGUCUGCCAUCCUGUGUCCCCUGUCCUCCUUGUGUCAUGUUUGAGAAAUAAUGAGUGUACAAAUUUUUGUAUGGCUUUGGACUUUCUUUUCUUUUUUUUUUUUUUUUAGAAAGGGGUGAAGUCUACGUGGGGGAGGGAAAGCCUCUUAUGAAGUGAAUUCACUCGAAAUCACAAGGCAAAACAAGUGGUUGGUUCUUCAUUAUACUCAAGAAUGUUGCCAAAACAACCCCUUUAGUUAUCCUGCAUUCCGAUGAAGAAAGCCAGCUUCUGGAUGGAACCUUCGUUCUGGGGGUAACAAAGGACAUCACAUCCCAUUGAUGAGAAAGAUAGAAAACACAUCCAGUUCCCCAAGAAGCUGUGAACUCUUGAGUACAAUAAAAUGAUCUCUUUAUUUUUCUGAUACUUCGCUGCCGUGAUGCCAUGCAGACAAAUGUCUUCUCCAUGCGCCAUUUUCAAAGAAAAGUCAUUUGCCAAAUAAUUCCGGGACAAUUCUGGUAAUACGGUUUUGGAUCUUAGAAACCAUCUUUCUAAUGGUGACAUAAAUAUUCAACGUAACAAACUGACGCUGUGCUCAAAUGGUUCAUCUCUAUCUCUUUUUGUACAUCAGAAAAUUCAAAUGGGAUUUUUUUUUUUUAUUUUCUAACUGGAAAAGGAAAACCUUACCAUUAAACUCUUUAACCGUUGAAGGGAAAUGGCUUUAAGGAGUUCUGAUGAUGUAAAUAUGUCAAUGAAGAUGCUUUUAAUAAUGCCAUUACACUGUAGAGAAGGUAGCCGAAGGAGUGUAAGGUGCAAAAAAAGAAAAAAAAAAACAUGAUGGGUGGGGCUCCCUCUCCAGUUUUACUAGGAUGACUUGGAGGAAGUUACAGUUCAGAGACAGGCAGAAGUCUUGGGCCAAUCAGAAGCUAGUAAACAGGAGGGGGCGGGGCUUAGAGCCAAUUUUUCUGGAGAGUCCUUAGAUUAAGCCCAAGGGAAGAGAAAGGAGGCUCACAUAGGAAGGUUUCAGAUUCCAUAAAGCACUCACCUCUUGGCUCCCACUUCUGCUCCCAUCAGUUCCCUGGACAGAUUGUACAUGAAAAAGAAGGAGUCACUUCCUGAUUUUACACAUAUGGGACAAAAGUCUACUGUCAGUUCAUAUGUUUAGCACACACUUUCAUAAAGAAUCUAUAUAUUUUUACCCUAUAGAGAAUUGUUAUACAGGUCAAAUAUGUUUUCCUGAUGUUCCUAUGCAGUUAUGUGUUGGAUUUAGUGGUUUGACGUAAAGAAGGAAACCCUCAAGAGUCGUGUGAUUGGAUCUGGGAGUAAUUAUUAAUUUGAAAAGUCAGAUUUACCUUGAUAUGAUUCAUUGACAUUGGCCUGUAUGCUUUGGCUUCCUCCUAUCAAUAGGAGCUAAAAUGAUUUUGAAGAUGUUUUUAAAGUGACUCUCCACAUAAGAAUCACAAAGCAAUGGCAAACUAAUUGUUAUUAUUUAGAGCCAACAUCUUACACUGGAAUCUAGAUAAACGAACCACACGUCCAUUAGAAAAUCUAUGUCAAUGCUACCCUACUGUAUAAGGCCCCAAGAACUUGAGAAACGGGGAGAGUUGUUCACUGCCCUCUGGAGCUGCUUCCAGUUGGUACAGGGCUCCUCCCACAAUGUGUAUCCAUGCUGUGAUGAGGUGCCCCUCUCAUGCAAAGGAGAAAUAGGAAGGAAUAAUGGCCAAAAACUGUCCUGAAAGCCGUUCUGCUUCCCUGAAGUGUUGGCAAGAUAGGUGGUUACCACAGGAGACAGCUUCGGUGGCUCUGGCGUCAUGGUGCCAAGUCUCCGUGAGUGGUGCUGUCGUCUCCCUCACUGUGACUGUCUGGGUUUGUCCAUCUGAGUCACACCCUUAUCCCCACUCCUCGAGUUACUGUGACAUGAAGUGAACUCUGACUGGUGCUGCCAUUCCAGGUGUACCAUCUGCAGCCAGUGUCAUAGCAGGUGGUGACAGCCCAGCCAAUGGUCACCCCUCACUGAGCAUGACUGGAUUGUAACUAGAUCUGAGCUGAAGGAAGAUGCCCAACUGACACAUUAAAGUGAGGAGGAGAAGGUCGAGAUUUUUAACUGCCUUUUUCACUUUUAUGGCAGAAUACUGAUUUCCCUCCCCCUCCCCCCCAGCACCGUUUGGUGAGUUCAGAACCACUGUCCCCCUACUCCAGGAAUACAGUGGCGUGUCCAAGUAGGAGCUGAGGUACCAAUGCCGAAAGAGUUUGGGGAGUCUGCACGGUUCUGAUUAGGCCGACGGAAAGAUUCGUGUGUCUGACUCACUUCCUCAUCCACUCCUAAGCACUGAAUUUGUCACUUUAAAUUUUGAAACCAGGGAAACGCCACCUGUCAGUCUGUCCCCAGUCCCCAUAGCUCCUCGGUCUCUACAUGCCGCAAGAUGUUUUUGAUAACUUGUGUUCAUCCUAGCGUCUCCAGCAACCCCAUCAUGUAAUGUACCGGGCACCUUCCUUUAAGACAAUGUUUACUCCGUGGGUUCGGUUCCUUUCAACUUCUGCGUUCUGACACCUAUUUUUUUAAUAAAGAUGAGAAAGAGAAAAAUGACUGUCGCAGUUUCUAGACCUGCUUAACCUUUACCUCACAUGACAGUCCGUUCACAUAUAUGGACACGUUAUUUUUAACUUUAUGUACAGUGCAUUCAACAGAGCAGCAAAAUUUUUAGAAAUUUUCCAUUAAUUUCUGUAACACGCCAUGUAAAACGGUUACAAAUAAACUUGUUUGAGAACAACAA